UGUCGUGGUCAAACAGUUCGACUUGCAGCGAGCAGCGAUUCAACAUUGUUACUCCAUGGUAGACCAUGUAGUUGGCAAUUAACGUAGGCCUAUCUGUUGAAUGAAGCCGUAGCGUUACUUUCGAUUUCGACAGAUCACAAAGUGUGUUCAACUAUUAAGAUCUCGCCUGACUGUCAAUGAGGGGUUGGCCGUUUGAAUAGAGAGACGUGUGUGUUUCAUAGAGGGUAGUGACACUUUGGAAGUUGAUUCAAUUAGGAGCAUAUAAUACAAUUAAUUAUAAGCAAUAAUUUAAAUUUGUGAGGAUAUCUUUGAUCGUUUCACUUGUUGAGAAUCUGGUAAUUAUUGUGAUUCAAAUUGUCCCUUAAGAUGUCUUGUUUCAAAACCGGUGAUGCGGUGCUUGACAAGGAAGAUAAUGCAUCCUAGUGUUCAGAAUAUUCAGAAAACAAGAAAAAGGUUUUGAAGCUGAAAUCUGCUGUGUUCUCAAAGAGGGGACCAUUACAAAACAAGUGUUGAAAUUAACCGAAGAUGGCGCCCAAGAUUAAACUGGUUUACUUCAACAUCCGAGGCAGAGGAGAGCUGAUCCGUCUGACUCUGCACGCUGGCGGCGUGCCCUUCAUUGACGAGAGGGUUGACUUCCAGGAUUGGCCGAGCCGCAGAGAAGAAUGCCCCAACGGAAAGCUUCCGUACAUUGAAGUAGCGGGAAAAAUGUUCGGAGAGACGCUUCCCAUUGUGCGGUUUGUUGGAGCAAAAUGUAAUUUACUGGGGAAAACGGAUGAGGAGAAGCUGUACGUGGAUAUUGUCUUGACGCAAGUCGAACAUCUCCGUGAUGACGUAAGCCGGCCAAAGACAGACACGCUACUGACCAAAGGACAACGUAAAUGUCUGGAAGACAAGCUGAGGAGUGAGACGGUGCCGAGAUUUCUUCAGAAAAUAGAAGCGGGAGUCUCCAUGGGCAAGACGGGGUAUGUCUUGGGCUCAGAGAUGACAGUGGCGGACCUGGCUGUGUGGGACGCCGUGGACAGUCUCCUGGUGAGCUACCCAAACCUCCUGGACAACCACCCCAAGGUGCUGGAACACAGGCAGAGAAUCAUGGGGCUCCCCAAGAUCAGGAAGUACCUGGAGACCCGACCUCAGACCAAAUUGUGACCCGCAAGAGAGCAAGAGAGAGAGAGAGAGAGAGAGAGAUAG